CAAUCUUCUCACCGAGCGCCAUAUUUUAGCAACACUCUUCACAGUUGUUACGAUGGGGCAAGAUUAUUACGCUGUUUUAGGCCUUACAAGAAGAGCCAAUGAUGCAGACAUCAAAAAGUCCUAUCGCAAGUUGUCGCUGAAGUUGCACCCUGACAAGAACCAAGAGCCAGGAGCGGAUCUGAAGUUUAAGCAAGUCGCGGAGGCCUAUGAUGUAUUGAGCGAUCCCAAGAAGAGAGCCAUUUACGAUCAAUUUGGAGAAGAAGGUCUGAAAGGAGGAGUUCCUGAAAAAGAUGGAUGGACACCAGGAUACACAUUUCAUGGAGAUGCAGGAAGGGUGUUCAAAGAAUUUUUUGGGGGAGAUAAUCCAUUUGCUGAAUUGUUUGAUUCGUAUGAUCCAGAGGUUGGGUUUGGUGGAAUUCAUGGCCGUGGUCGUCGUAAACAGGAUCCACCCAUAGAGAGAGAACUGUACCUUACACUAGAAGAAGUAUUUAAAGGAUGUGUUAAGAAGAUGAAAAUUUCAAGGAGGGUGAUGAAUGAGGAUGGUCACACAUCCAAUAUUCGGGACAAGAUUUUAACAAUAAACGUGAAACCAGGUUGGAGGGCAGGAACAAAAAUCACAUUUCCCAAGGAGGGAGACCAGGGUCCCAACAAUAUACCAGCGGACAUUGUGUUUAUUGUUAAAGACAAGCCUCAUCCAAUCUUCAAACGCGAUGACGACAAUAUCAUUUAUACUGCUACUGUUCCUCUUGGAAAGGCACUCACAGGAUGUGUAGUGGAUGUUCCCACACUAGAUGGACGACUCAUAAGCAUCCCAAUCAAUGACAUUGUCAAACCAGGCUAUCAGAAGGUGGUACCAAGCGAGGGAAUGCCCAUCUCCAAGGAUCCAGCUACCAAGGGAGAUCUUAUAAUAGAGUUCAACAUAGAAUUCCCAAACCAACUCAACCCUGAACAGAAGAGAAUGCUCAAGGAAGCACUAUUGCUCCCUUCAUGAGCUGUAUUUGUAUCGUCAACAUAAAGUUGCAUCAUACUUGAACAAUAUUUAUAAUAACAUCUUGUACUAUACGAUCUCAAUUCACCAGUUCUUCAAAUUUAGUUUCCAAACUGAUGCAUCUUAUGCUCCACCAUUUUGUCGUGGAAGUUGUAAUAAUUUAACUGCAGUACUUAGAAUUUUAUAUUUGUACAUAGAUGAACAGAUAAUUAAACCAUGUCACAAACAUGUA